ACCCGAUGGUCUUAAUAUUGGUCUAACGGUGUUGUAAUGUCUGUCAAAGCGUACACUCAUAUCAACGUUGGAGUGAAGGGCCAGAAGAAUAACAUUGGAUUCAUUCAACUGAAUCGACCGAAAGCUCUGAACGCCUUAUGCGAUGGACUCAUGAGUGAAGUGUCGAAAGCCAUCGACGAGUUCGAGGCCGACAAAGACAUCGCUGCCAUCGUUUUGACCGGAAAUGAGAAGGCAUUCGCCGCCGGCGCCGACAUCAAGGAAAUGGUGGACAACACGUUCGCGCAGUGUUUCGCCGGCAACUUCCUGUCCCAUUGGGAUCGAGUCGCGCGAUCUGUGAAGCCUACCAUCGCCGCCGUCAAUGGAUACGCCUUGGGCGGCGGCUGCGAGUUGGCCCUCAUGUGUGAUAUCGUAUACGCCGGCGACAACGCAAAAUUUGGUCAGCCGGAGAUACUCAUCGGUGCCAUCCCUGGUGCCGGUGGAACUCAGCGACUGACCCGAGUUAUCGGCAAAUCUCGGACAAUGGAAAUGGUUUUAACUGGAAAUCAAAUCACGGCUAAAGAGGCUGAGAGUUGGGGAAUGGUUAGUAAAGUGUUUCCGGCGGACAAAGUUGUGGACGAAGCCAUCAAAUUGGGUGAAAAGAUUGCCAAUAAUUCUAAACUAAUUGUCGCUAUUUGUAAAGAAUCUGUGAAUACCGCAUAUGAGACGACUCUAAGUCAAGGUCUGAAGUCAGAGAAGCGCUACUUUCACGCCACGUUUGCCACCAGCGACCGAUCGGAGGGAAUGAAGGCAUUCGUCGAGAAGAGGGCCGCAAACUUUAAGGACAACUAAAUAUGACAAUUAUGUGCUCAAAAUCAUGGUUUCAUUAUAGGAUCUGUUUUUUAUCGUAUAUUUUGAGAUUAUAAUACGAGUUGUGUUUAAUUCUUACGACUAAAUAUGAAAUAAAAUUUUUACUUUUACUACAAA